UUACAUCUGCGUCGAGAAGCGCCUAUAAAAGCCCUCUACGCCUCCCCUCUCCCGAGUCCCCUCUCCGCCAUUGCUGCGAAGGUCGAAACCCUCAGAGCUCGCGGGGGAGAAGCGUCGCAAUGGCCUUCGUCAAAAACCAGAAAACUAGGGCCUACUUCAAGCGCUUUCAAGUGAAGUUCAAGAGAAGGAGACAGGGAAAGACUGAUUAUCGUGCCAGGAUCCGCUUGAUAAACCAGGACAAGAACAAAUACAACACUCCGAAAUAUCGUUUUGUCGUUCGAUUCACAAACAAGGAUAUUACCGCACAAAUAAUAUCCGCAAGUAUUGCCGGAGACUUGGUCCUUGCUGCGGCAUAUUCUCAUGAACUCCCUCGUUAUGGGCUUGAAGUUGGUCUUACAAAUUAUGCUGCUGCUUACUGCACUGGACUUCUCUUGGCACGACGUGUAUUGAAGAUGCUUGAGAUGGAUGAAGAAUAUGAGGGAAAUGCGGAGGCCACUGGUGAAGAUUUCUCUGUCGAGCCAGCGGAAACCAGGAGGCCAUUCCGUGCUCUCCUUGAUGUUGGCCUUGUGAAGACUACCACAGGAAACCGUGUAUUCGGUGCGCUUAAGGGUGCAUUGGAUGGCGGUCUUGAUAUUCCUCACAGCGAUAAGAGAUUCGCUGGCUUCAAGAAGGACGAGAAGCAGCUCAAUUCGGAGGUCCACAGGAACUACAUUUUUGGCGGCCAUGUUGCCGCCUACAUGAGGACCCUAAUGGAGGAUGAGCCUGAGAAGUACCAAUCCCACUUCAGCGAGUACAUCAAGAAGGGAAUCGAGGCCGACGACAUGGAAGCGCUGUACAAGAAGGUCCACGCCGCCAUCCGGGCCGAUCCUACUGUGGUCAAGUCCUCCAAGCCGGCUCCAAAAGAGCACAAGAGGUAUAACUUGAAGAAGCUAACGUACGAGGAGAGGAAGGCGCGACUGAUCGAGCGAUUGAACGCGUUCAAUGCCGCCGCCGAUGAAGCUGAUUCUGAUGCUUGAGUGAGCAUCUGAGGUUUCAAUACCGUUUAGAAUCCAUCCUCCUUUUGUUCCCCCCCGCUAUUUUAGACAAUUCGUCCCCGUGUUUUGUUUCAAUUCAGUACUAGAAAUUUGGCUUUUGGGAGGCGUUUUUAAGUGUUUUGAAUUUAUUGGGAAUUUUGUUUAUUUAAGAGAGAAAUUGUUAUCUCUAUUCUAAUUCUCAUAAUACUGCAUUAUUAUCUUUC